GCAAAACAAGACAUCUCUACAUACUGUAAUUUACAUGCCGUCCCGCCCUUCCAUAUAAAAUGUACUUGGAAUGAUCAAUAUAGUUUCUAUUAAUUAUGUUUCUGCUUUAACUUGUUACCGUCGAUACUCACCAAUCUGGUUGCCAUUUGCGUGCGAAUGCUUUCGCAUUCCGGUGUGCGCUCUAUAAAAUUGUUGGGGGGCGCGGUGAGCGUGCAGACAUUGCAGAUCCUACAACCAAGAAAGCACAACAGCAUUGCAGCACCAAACUUUUACAACUCAGCAUCCACAAGACGAGGCAACGGACAAAAUCUACCAUGUCAGGAGAAGAAAUAAUCCACACCACCUACAAGCACAUGGAAGUACCAGGGAAGAUAGCGUCAGUCAGAAAUUCCUUAUCUCAAAACCAACCAGUCAUCAUUGUCAAGGAGAAGCAAAUUAAUGAGAAAAUCAAUCAUGAAGUGACCGUCUACCACUUGAAAAGGGAUUUGAAAUCUGUUGGAUUGGCGUUCAGUUUCCGGCAUAAUGAUCAGACCGUUUUCUCUGUUGUCGACGGGGAUGACGUGAAGCUAGAGAUGAAACCAGACGUGAAGACAGCCUGUUCAGACGAGAAUUGCCUGUUCCAGUGGCAUGAGAAGAUGGGGGAGUGGGGCAUCCUGAAAUCUGUGGCGGAACCUCAAAAGUACCUCUGUAUCGUCAACAACAAGAUCACCGUCGGCCCACUGGAAAAGAAUGUUAAAUUUCGGCUGACAUCAAAGUGAAUCAGUACAUUAGACAUCUUGACAGCUGUCUGCAUAGAUAACCGGCUUGUUGCCUUCCGGGGUCAGAAAAAUACUUGUCUUAGUGAAUUAUCCCUUUUAAAUAGGAUGAUAAGCAUCUUUGAUUAUUACAGGCCACUAUUAUAUCUAUGCUUACGUGUAUUUUAGUCGAGCAAAACCGGUUGUGGAAGGUACUACCCUGCUUACAGACACCUGCACACUCAACAUCAAGAUUCAGUACAUAGUUUGUCUCAGAAUUGAAUUCUAAAUACAAGUUGAAUUACUUUGUAAAAGGAAUGAUGGGAGAGAGAGAAACACUGUAUAUAGACAGACAUAAUUACAUUUGAAAUGCUUGAAUUAUUUUGGAAAUUUCAGUUUAGUUUGUUUUUAACUUUUGAUAUUGAUUUCCCUUCCUUUGGCAAUGUGAACACAUGUUUCCCAGGAGGUGGGAGGGAGAUACUUUUAUUAAAGAAUGUGAAACAAUA